AAAAUGUAGGAAACAGUCGUUUGUAAUAUAUCUACUGUACGUUGUACUCUGAACUGAGUGUAGUUGUGUGUUGUGUACAUAUGUAAAUAGCUUCGUGAGUUGUAACUUUGUGGAGAAAACAUGUGUCUACAAUGCCUGUUUGUUUGUUGUCAGGAUCAGGACGAUUUCGGGGGCGGCGUGAACGUAGUCGACGGUAUUGACUUCGGGGGCGGCGGCGGAGUGCACGUUGUAGAUAAUGUAGAUUUUGGGGGCGGUGUUAAUGUCGUCGAUCAUGUUGACUACGGAGGCGGGGGCGUUCAUGUCGUCGACAAUGUAGAUUUUGGGGGCGGUGGAGUGCACGUUGUAGACAAUGUAGAUUAUGGGGGCGGUGUGUCCGUAGUUGACAAUGUAGAUUAUGGGGGCGGUGUGUCCGUAGUAGAUAAUGUAGACUACGGGGGUGGAGUCCACGUGGUAGAUAAUAGUGGCUACGGGGGUGGAGUGAAUGUGGUCGAUCAUGUAGAUUAUGGGGGCGGAGUGCAUGUUGUCGAUGGAAACGACGGGGGCGGUGGGGUUCAUAUUGUCGGCUGAUUUAUCUGGUAACAAACAUGUGGUCAUUAUCAUUAAAAUAAAAUAAAAUCGUUGGACGGAAACUAAUCUACUACGUACUUUAAUUAAAAUAGUUGUAAAUAUAAUUUUGUAUUAUUUUUUAAA